CAAACAGAGCUGGAGGAGCAGCAGGUGCUGGAGGUGGCAGCCAGAGCUACUUCACCAGGGGGUCGCUUGUUUGUUCACUUCCCUGCGGAGGAAUUCUUGGAAGCGAGGGGUCAGGAGACAGGGACGGACGUGGAUGUGGACAGAUGGGGGCAAUUCUCGCUUGGGCUCUGAAGUGGAUUUGCUUUCGGGCUACUUCUGCUCCCUUCUCCUUGACUGAUCCUGAAGUUGGGGGCUGUGAGGUUUUCCGUCCAUCUCUGCCCAAGUCUGAUGUGCUGCCACAGUUUGCCGCGGGGGUGCUCCUCGUAUCGACUAAGAUCCUGCCUUAACCCUCGCUUGAAGACUUGCUUUAAUCGUGCAUUAAGCUGCUUUCACCCUUACUUUGGAGAAUAAUCAUUACCCUCUCUUCCUUCCCCCCCUCAACCCCCUCCCUUCUUCUGCUUCUUUCCUUUUUUUGGAGUGGGGAGUAGCCGUGGUGGAAACCUCUCCUUAAUUUGCGAGAUGUCAGCGAGGAGCCUGAACUCACACAAAGGCACUAAUUAACCACUGCGACGCUUCUGCUCCGGCGUGGAGAAACCUCAGCUCUGUGCCAGUGAAGCAGCAGCUGCCCCUCAGCCCCCCCUGCACAAGGGCUGCGAGCAGGCAGCCGGGCACAAAGCUCUGCCUCUGCUCUGCCCGAUCAGGACUCGCUGCAGACAGCCGAACUGGAGCCGCUUUGACUUCCCCAGCGGAGAAAAGCCAAAGCUCGCUGGGAUGCUCUCCAAGGAAUUCCCCAUCUUAUGUAAGGAGUUAUAAUUCUUUUGUGGAUGGAGCUUUACUUGUUGGGGAUUUCCUCCCUCCCCACCCCCCUCCUCUCUGAUCACUUACAAAUGCAGCUUCUCCAGCGGUGGAGGUAAGUCAGAUGGUCCAUGCUGCCUCACAACCCACUCUUUGGAGUUAACCCACUUCUAAAUGAGACAGCAGCCGCUUCUCUCAGGAGGAAAAAGCUCUCCUUUCCGGGCUAGCAGGGCUCCCAGUGACACCUGAGGUGGGCUGUGACCAGCGAGCAUGGGAAACAGCUCUCUUUGGGAUGAUCUGAACAGCACUUGCAGCAGCGCAGGCAACAGCUGCUACCUGGACAGCAGCAUGAGGUUCAACUUCACCUUCCAAGAGCCAGCAGCCGAUUUCUAUGUUGUCCUGCCUGUGAUUUACUCGGUGAUCUGUGCCGUUGGGCUCACAGGCAACACGGCUGUCAUUUAUGUGAUCCUCAAGGCCCCCAAGAUGAAGACUGUGACCAACAUGUUCAUCCUGAACCUUGCUAUCGCCGACGACUUGUUCACGCUUGUCUUGCCCAUUAACAUCGCUGAGCACCUGCUCCACUACUGGCCCUUUGGAGAAGUCCUCUGCAAGGUCAUCUUGUCCAUAGACCACUACAAUAUCUUCUCCAGCAUUUACUUCCUGACAGUGAUGAGCAUAGACAGGUAUCUGGUGGUGCUGGCUACAGUCAGGUCCAAGAGGAUGCCCCAUCGCACCUACCGGGCGGCCAGGAUCAUCAGCUUGUGCAUCUGGUUCCUGGUCACCAUCAUAGUCCUCCCCUUCAUCAUCUUUGCCAACGUCUACAUAGAUGACCUGGAGAUCAAGAGCUGUGGGCUCAAUUUCCCCAAGCCUGAGAGGUUUUGGUUCAAAGCCAGCAGGAUCUAUACCCUUAUCCUUGGCUUUGCCAUUCCAGUCUCCACCAUCUGCAUCCUCUACACCAUGAUGCUCUACAAGCUGCGGAACAUGCACUUGAACUCGAACGCUAAAGCCCUGGACAAAGCCAAGAAGAAGGUCACCAUCAUGGUCUUCAUAGUCCUGGCUGUGUGUCUCUUCUGUUGGACACCCUUCCACUUGGCCACCAUCGUGGCUUUGACCACGGACUUGCCACAGACCUCCGUGGUCAUUGGGAUUUCCUACUUCAUCACCAGCCUCAGCUACGCCAACUCCUGCCUGAAUCCCUUCCUCUACGCGUUCCUGGACGACAGCUUUCGGAAGAGCUUCCGCAAGAUGCUGGAAUGCAGAACUUCUUGAACAGGGGCUCGGAGAGCCUCCCCGUGGCAGUUUUGCAGGCUGAAGGGGGUGGUCGGUGGGUGUGCAAUGGUCUCCCUUUCGUUCCAGUGUAGCGUUCGUGUCGUUGGCAUUCACAUGUCUUGUCCUGCUUACUCGCAGCUCCGGCGUUGUCCUCUCCUCUCUGCACCUCCCAACUUCUUCUAAGUCUCUAGGUUCUUUCUUUGAACGCCACACUCCGAGGCAUUAAGGACUGAAAGCUUCCUCUCCAGAGGUACUUUUGCUACGCUGCGGUCCUUUAUUGCCACCUGCUGUAUGGCACAGGCAAGCCGGAGAGCAGCUUUCAGAUCCACGAGUGGGUAGAACCAUAGGAGUGCUUCAGUUAGAAAAGCCCUCCUAAGAUCAUCAGGUCCAGACACUGACCUGACACCACAGUGACCAUUAAACCACGUCCCAAAUUGCCCUGUGUACACAUCUUUGUCUGGAGCAUUGUCACGGAGCAGAGCUCACAGCACUUCCAGUCAAACAGCAAGGAGAGAGAGGCUGCAAAACGAAUACCUGGAGGAGAACACAAACCCUUCUGAACUCUCUGUGUGCUAGAACUUGGGGUUUGAUGUUGAGGGCUGCCCACCUGCCACCCCCUCCCUCCAAAUCUUCUUUCCUAAAUUAACACAGGUUAACUUUAAACCAAAAAAAAAGCAAGAUUUGGGGAGAGGGGGUCCUUAAAAGGAGCAUUAAGCAUCACACUACACAAACACCAGGGCAGCUGUGGCAGUUUGUGCUUGAGGUUAUUUUUAAACCAAUGGUUCCUGUCAAGUGUCAAAUACAUAUAUAUAUAUUUAUUUAUUUAAGAGUAAUGAAUAAAACAGCCCUUGUG